UACAGGGGACCUGAUUUUCUAUCCUAAAAUACAGUGCUACAUAAAAUUAUUAAAUGUAUUGUUGUUGUUUUGAAUUGAUUGUGCUUCAUUCAGUAUUUAGUAGUGCUAUUUUAAACACACACACACAAUGCUUGAUAAGGGAUUUGCCAGUGACAAAUGAAGCAGGAUAGUUUUAAUUGGAGAUGGUGUUUUUGAUGAUGCUCUCGCUUUGUGUAAUCUUCACUCUCCCAUUCAUAAUCCCCUCUUAUCUCCUCAUGGUUGUGGACUCUAACCAUUCGUCUUAAAAUGAACGAGUGGGCCAACAGCACAGCAGUAAUGAUGGAGCAGUCCUGGACGAGGGUUGAGAGGUCAGUGCUGGUGGCACUUCUGAGCGUGGAGAUGGUGUUGGGGGUCAUUGGGAACUGUCUGGUACUACUGGUAAAAAUCAUGUGUAGGGGUCGGUUUCCCUGUAGAUACUGGGUCCCCUUCGUCAGUCUGACCCUCUCCGACCUUGGCUCCUCCCUGCUCAUCAUCUCUGGCUCCUUAUUGGCUAUACUGACUAAGGGUCAGAGGUCACCAUUGUGCGAGGUCGUCAGCUUGCUCAAAUUCGCCUUCAUCACUUCCUCAAUUGGAAGCAUAGCGAUUCUCUGCGUCCAGCGAGCCAAGGGCAUGGCCGCCACAGGAAGUGGCGCCUCUGUUGUCGUGGCGCUGGCUUGCCUGGCUUCCUGGUUGACAGGGGCGGUGUUUGGGAGCAUCCCUGUGGUCUACAAUUGGAUCAGGUACGACCCUGCAGAGAUGCUGUGUGCAGUGUUCUGGGACAGCAGUUACUCUGACAUGCUGGUCUACAUCCUCUGUGCUUUCUCCAUCUGCAUCUUCCUCCCCUUCCUCCUCAUCCUCUUCUGCUCUCUCUUCACCGCUGCUGGCUGUGGGAGGAACUGCGACAGUGACCCAGAUGACCUCUCCUCUGUCACUCCUCUGAUGGUGGCCUUCUACCUGUUCUGCAACACUCCCUUCGCUGUGUCUGAGCUGAUUCUCCUGGGUAGACUGGACCUAUCCCCUGCACCUAAUUGGCUGAGAACCCUGUCGUCCGUGAUGUCCUACCUAGACUGCGGGUUGAACCCAAUCAUCUACUGUGUCAAUCAGAACUUCCGGGAGGCGGGACUUGCUCUGUUCUGGACCAGUAGGAAGUUGUUAUUCUCUGAGCCUGUGCUGACAAGCGUGACAACGUUAGAAUUGUAAAG